UGAUCUGAAGAGUCAGAUUGAGAAGGAGGACACAAAGCGAGAGCUGCUAGGAGCUCAAAAAAAUGUGUCUGACUCGUUGUGCAUCCGCUGCCUGCAGCCCUUCAAGUUUCUGGUCAACAGCAAGCGUCAGUGUCUGGACUGUCACAUGUACACCUGCAAGUCCUGCAGCCGCUACAACAAGAAGGAGCACGGCUGGGUGUGUGACAACUGCCGCAUGACCAGGGUCUUGAAGAUCGGGACCCUGGGUUGGUAUCACGACAACAUGAGGAACCGUUUCAAGCGCUUUGGCAGUGCCAAGGUGAUGAGGUCGCUGUACAAGCGUCUGAAUGGAGAGGGCAGUCGUGAUGACGACACUCAGAGUAUGCCAGAUGUCCGCAGGCACAUGCACAAUGGGAAUGAGGAGGAUCCAGGAGAGGCUGAGGCCCAACACUACAAACUGAUGAGGAAGAAUAAACGCCUGCUGUCAGUUCAUCCCAUGGACUUUGACUCCGAGGAUUAUCUUCCUCAUUCCCGCCGCCCAUCGGUACAGGACGAUCGGUGUUACAGGAACGAAAUGGACUACGACUACUACAACCACAGAGCGAACCGCAGGAAGAGUCUGGACCGUCACGCCAUGAGACCAGAGGACUAUGCAGAGAACCGGAUGGUCCGGACUCGCUCUCUGUCUAAGAUCAGCUCCUCGAUGGCUCGGCAGCAGUAUGUCGACACCUCAGAUGAGGAUGAGUACCCCAGGCACACCCCCAUGUACCAACAACCUCCCCAUCGCCGGAAGAACAGCAGAGUUGCCUCACAGGAAAACCUGGGCCAAGGCCCCCCGAUAAACGAACUGAACAAACGGAUGUCGGCCAUCGAAAGUCUGUUGAGCCGUCUGGAAGAAAAGAUGACGCCGGCUGACGAGGUGUCGACUCCCUCGACUCAGGCUGAGGAGGAGAAACUGAGGAGGAAGCUGAGCGAGCUGGCUGGGAACCUGAGUGAUAAAGGCCUGUCAUCAGACGAUGAGGCCGUGAAGAAGCCUUUCCCUUUAGGUAAAGGAUCAUCCGGUACCAAACCAGUGGUUCCUCUGGAUUCACUGAAGAACAAAGAUCUGAGCUCCUCCAGCGAUGAGAUGCCAACAGAGGCUCAAAAGGUGUACAUCACAGCCGGUCACUCGUUUGACCUGGAGACGAAGCUGCAGCGACUCGAGCGGAGCGCCAAGAACCGUUUUGGAGGGGCGACGGACUCUGAGCUGUCCGAGCUGGAGGAUGUGGUGGCGCUGACCGCCGCCAGGGUCCAGAGUGCUGAGAGUGAGGUGUCAGACAUCGAGAGUAAAAUUGCAGCUCUGAGUGCCAAGAAAAAGGUUUCUGGAUCCCAUCAGAAGAAGAAGACUUCACCAGACCUACCCAAAACUAACGGYGCCCCCUGGAGAUCCAACAUGUUUUGAUCCAGCAUCAAUUGGUGUAGGGUCUGCUUGCUCCUCUUCCUCUUCAUCCUCACAUCUAAAUAAACUGUAGACAUCACUGUUUUCAUGUUAAAACCAGGAAACAAACUCUGAAAUGUUCAAAUUUUUAAUUUUGGACAGGAGAGAAAUUAUUUCCCAGAUUUAUUUCAAUCAAACUAAAAUAAACUAGACAAAAGAUUCAAAAUAAAAUCCACAGAAAAUAAAUUUGAUUCUAAA